GAGGGGCACGCAUCCGUCCCCGUUGUCCAUUGCGGUUUUUCUGUGCCUUGUUUGAGUUCUAGCACAAUCUCAAUUCUCAGACCCACUCCUCUGAACGUGCCGACCUACGCUCUCCCUCUCUCUCUCCCCCUCCCUCGGUAACGAUCCAGCAUCUGCAGAUCUUUCAUCACAGAAUCAUUAGGUAAAAGGUAUUUGUGGAAUUGUCUGCCGAUCUGAAUCAGGAACAGCGGGAGGAGUCGGCGGCGGCGGGGCCAAUGUCAGAGCAGAAGGUCAGUCACGGAACGUCUCCGGUGAGUUCCGGCGAAGUUCCGGACAAGCAGGAGCAGCAAGCGACUGGUGGAAGUAGCAGUAGUGGUCCUGAAUCGGAUGGCGGAGCGGCGGUUGCGCUUGGCAGUACACUCUCCAAUGGAGCUGGGACGGCUGGAAAAAAUGUCCCAAGACUAAGUGCUAUGCCAGUGGAGGUAUCAAGUUCCAAUUUAGCAGAGCCCCCUUCAAAUCGGCUUAAGCUGGAAAGAGCAAAAACUGAGAAGCAGCAUAGAAGCAGCAAUAUACUUGCUGAAGAGGCAGCACAAAUUUUUGAUGACAAAAUUUCUGUUAAGCAGAAGCUAAAAUUGUUGAACAGAAUAACUACAGUGAAAGAUGAUGGAACUGUAGAGUUUGAAGUUCCAGUAGAUGCUGAACCCCAGGCUUUUGGUGUUGAAUCUACUGCCGUCAAUAAUGAAGCUGAUGAUGAACCUCUUGACACAAAAGACCAGUAUAUUCCACCACUUCAAAUAGUGAUACUUAUAGUUGGAACUCGUGGUGACGUGCAACCUUUUGUUGCCAUUGGCAAACGGUUGCAGGAUUAUGGUCACCGUGUUAGAUUGGCAACUCAUGCAAACUUCAAGGAGUUUGUGUUGACUGCUGGGCUGGAGUUCUAUCCUUUAGGCGGGGAUCCAAAAAUUCUUGCAGAAUAUAUGGUUAAAAAUAAAGGAUUCUUGCCAUCGGGGCCCUCAGAGAUACCUAUUCAACGAAACCAAAUAAAGGACAUAUUAUACUCUUUGCUUCCAGCAUGUAAAGACCCAGACAUAGACUCUGGCAUUGCUUUCAAAGCAGAUGCAAUCAUUUCCAAUCCUCCAGUAUAUGGGCAUACACAUGUUGCAGAGGCACUCAAAGUACCGCUCCAUGUAUUUUUCACAAUGCCGUGGACGCCAACUAGUGAAUUUCCACACCCUUUGUCCCGUGUUAAACAACCUGCUGGAUAUAGACUAUCCUAUCAAAUUGUUGACUCUCUGAUUUGGCUUGGAAUACGGGAUAUGAUAAAUGACCUUAGGAAGAAGAAGUUGAAGUUACGGCCAGUCACUUAUUUAAGUUGUUCGCAAGGCUCACAAAGCUCAGAAUCUGAUGUGCCUUAUGGAUACAUUUGGAGUCCUCACCUUGUUCCAAAGCCAAAAGGCUGUUCUCACCUCUUGUUUCCAGACUGGGGACCAAAGGUGGAUGUGGUAGGAUUUUGCUUCCUUGAUCUUGCAUCAAAUUAUCAACCUCCUCAGGAGCUUGCUGACUGGCUUAAAGCUGGAUCAAUGCCGAUUUAUAUUGGAUUUGGAAGCCUGCCUGUUCAAGAGCCUGCAAAAAUGACCCAAAUAAUUGUGGAAGCGCUUGAAAUAACCGGACAAAGGGGCAUCAUUAAUAAAGGCUGGGGUGGCCUUGGUACCUUGGCAGAACCAAAGGACUUUGUAUACUUGCUGGACAAUAUCCCUCAUGAUUGGUUGUUCUUACAAUGUGCAGCUGUGGUGCACCAUGGGGGUGCAGGCACAACAGCCGCUGGCCUUAAAGCUGCGUGCCCAACGACGAUUGUCCCCUUUUUUGGUGACCAACCUUUCUGGGGAGAGCGGGUGCAUGCCAGGGGAGUAGGCCCUUCACCUAUACCAGUGGACGAAUUCUCACUUCCCAAGCUGGUUGAUGCGAUUCGAUUCAUGCUCGAUCCCGAGGUGAAGGAGCGGGCGAAGGAACUUGCAAAGGCCAUGGAAAAUGAAGAUGGAGUGAGUGGAGCGGUGAAAGCCUUCCUUAAGCAUCUUCCUUGCAAGGAGCCUGGAACCGAGGCAGCGCCGGCACCCUCCAAUAUGUUCUCGAUAAGUAAAUGCUUCGGUUGCUCUUGAGUGGAUAAGUUUUCGGCGUCUUCUAUCACAUUCUGACAAAACAUUUCAACCGAUGCGGGUAAUGUGUGUUUCUCUAAACCCAGACUCCGCCAACCCUCCCUCUGUUUAUAGUAUAGUAUUGUAGCCCUGCUCUGCAAAUCCCAUCCCUGGCCCUAUACCUGUAUUUAUUUUCAUUUAUCCUGCUUCGUUAUUCAUUCAAUUAAAGAAAUGUUGUCUCCCUCUCUUCUUUUUGUUUUUCCUUGUUUUUAUUGGUAGUGACUUUAAAGUUUGUCCUUUUUGCUCCCCAA